GGUCACAUUCACCAGCGCAUUCCUAUUCUAUUUACAACGUGUGUCAGGUCAGAACAUUUAGUCCGCUGCUGGUACGCCGACUGACCGAAUGAGCGGUUCGCACGUUGUUCCGUGCUGAGCAAACAAGAGUGGAGCGGUGGUGUUUUUUCACCUCCCACACGAAAGCCUGAACAAACACUUUUUCACCAUUUUACAGUUUGGCCAGAUAGGAAGCGAGUCCCGUGGCGAGGCUGCGUAAUUCAGGUGUGUCCCGGCUUAGCCGUUAAACUUGACUGCGGGUGACCACCGGACACACAUUCGCUUCGGGAAAAUGUCAGCGGGAAAGGUCAUUUUCCUGCUUUCGUUGGCGCUGGCGUCGGCUCAGCGCCUCUGCGCACCGGGCGCUUCGGACGGCUACAAAGUUCGACUGAGCAUCCGUACGGCUCUGGGAGACAACGCCUAUGUCUGGAACCAAAACGAAAUGUUCCUCUUUCGAGCCAUGUUGGCUUUCGCCAUGAGGACCCACUUCGACGGGCAGGACUUCCAAGUGGACGACGUCGUCGUUUGCGAAGAGACGGCCCGAGUGUCCUUCUGGUUCGUGGUCACGUGGCCCACCGACGCCGGCCGGCUGGUGGACGGAGGCGAGGUGGACCUGGCGAUCAGGAAGUGUCGCAACCGCAUCAACCGCGCCUUCCUGCUGACGGACCGCACCCUGGAGUUCGUGGGCAUCACGCCCACCCUGGCGGCUCCCGUGCUGCCCGCCACGCCGCCGUGGCUCAUCGCCUUCGGGGUGGUCAUGGGCGUCGUGGGGGCGGUAUUCGUCGUCCUCGUCGUCUCCUCGGUGCUGCAGAAGCGGCGAAAGAAGAAGGAGAACGCGGAGGACGCCACCGAGGACGACGACAGCGACGGCGAGACGCAGGCGGCCAAGCGCGGCAAAACCGGCGGCGCACGGCGGGAGCCCGGCGGCGUCUCCAACGUCGCCUUCUCGGACGACGAGCGAGUCACGCAAAUGUAAUUUCAGAAUUCCAAAACAUUACGUAAUAAACAUCAACACAUAUAUCAUAUACACUAUCGCAAAAAAAUAAAAAUAAAAUAUAUAUAUCACUUUUGUUCAACUGUUGAUAUUUGUAAAUCAUUAUCCUUAUUUAAUCGGUUGAAUUUUGUACUGAAACGAGGACUUUCAAAAUGAAUA